CCUCACGCAGCUCUGCUGUUCUCUUGGUCAUGGGCACAAGAUGGACUUGCCAUGGACCUUCCCUACUUGUGCUCUUCUGUUAUGGGCAGCUCUUGCCAUGGCUCAGGACCGAGGGUGAUGAUUUGUUUGGGACCGUGAAGAAUGAGGUCAGACAAGAGGACCAGCAAGUAACUAACCACGUCCCAAACAAUGCAGUGACUGGCCCCAACCCAGACACAAUAUACAAUGAGACCAUGGCAACGUCGUUCCUGGAGUUUUAUGAGGUUACUGCCCAGAUGGUGUGGAACGAGCUGAUGGAGGCCACCUGGAACUAUGUCACCAACAUCACUAAGAAAAAUCGGGAGGAGAUGCUGCUCAAGGACGUGAAGCGGUCCCAGCACAUGCUGUACUUUGGCUCCCGGGCCCGCCUCUUUCGGAUGGCCAACAUCCAGAGCCCGACUGUGAAGCGCAUGCUCAGUAAGCUGCAGCACAUAGACAAGGCGGCCCUGCCCCAGGACGACCUCCGGGAGUACAACCAGCUUCUGGCCUACAUGGAGACGACGUACAGCAUGGCCCAGGUGUGCCUGAAUGAGGGGCCCUGCCUGUCCCUGGAGCCUGACCUCCAAGAAAUCAUGGCCACCUCCCAGGAUGAGAGGGAGCUGGUGUGGGCCUGGCAGGGCUGGCGGGAUGCUGUGGGCCGCCCACUCCGCUUCAUCUUCGAGCACUAUGUGCAACUCAGCAACAAGAUUGCCAACCUCAACGGCUACAAAGACAUGGGGGCCAUGUGGCGGGCCAAGUACGAGUCUGACACGCUGGAGUGGGAACUGGAGCAGCUCUACCAGGAGCUGCGGCCGCUCUACCUGAACCUGCACGCCUACGUGCGCCGGGCCCUGCACCGCCACUACGGGCCCCACAUGAUCGACCUGAGGGGGCCCAUCCCAGCGCACCUCCUGGGGAACAUGUGGGCUCAGUCUUGGGUCAACAUCUUAGACUUGGUCCUGCCCUUCCCGAAUAAGCCCCUCGAGGACAUCACAAAGAUCAUGAAAGUCCAGCACUGGAGGCCAGCGAAGAUGUUCGAAGAGGCUGAUAAGUUCUUUAUCUCCAUGGGGCUGCUCCCCACCCCUCCUGAAUUCUGGAAACGUUCCAUGCUGGAAAGGCCGACGGACGGGCGGGAAGUGGAGUGCCACGCCUCCGCCUGGGACUUCUUCAACGGCAAGGACUUCAGGAUAAAGAAGUGCACCGAGGUGACCAUAGAAGACCUGCUCUCCGUCUUCCACCAGAUGGGCCAUAUCCAGUAUUUCAUGCAGUACAGGAACCUCUCUGUGAUCUUCCGCGCAGGCGCCAACCCAGCCUUUGAAGAGGCCAUGGGGUCGGUCAUCACCCUGUCGGUCUCCACCCACAAACACAUGCUUAACAAAGGCCUGCUCAGCCAGCAGCACCAGGAUCCAGAGGAGGAGGUCAAUUUCCUAAUGGGCAUCGCCCUGGAGAAGAUCCCCUUCAUCCCGUUCGCCUACCUGAUGGACCUGUUUCGCUGGAAGGUCUUCGACGGCUCCAUCCACAAGGGCAUCUACAACCAGGAGUGGUGGAACCUCAGGUUGAAGUACCAGGGCCUUUGCCCCCCUGUUCCUCGGUCAGAGGAUGACUUCGAUCCAGGUGCCAAGUUCCACAUCUCUGCCAGCGUCCCCUACCUACGAUACUUCCUAGGCCUGGUGCUCCAGUUCCAGAUCCACGAAGCGCUGUGCAUGGCCUCGGGCCACAUGGGCCCCCUGCACCGGUGUGACAUCUACAACUCGAAGAUCGCCGGGAAGCUCAUGGAGGACGUCCUAAAGCUGGGCUCGAGCAAGCCCUGGCCAGAGGUCCUGCAACAGAUGACCGGGCAGACAAAGAUGUCUGCAAAGGCCCUCAUGAGAUAUUUCAAGCCCCUGAUGAAUUGGUUGGUCGCUGAGAACGUGCGGGAAGGGGAGAUCCUGGGCUGGCCAGACUUCAGCUGUUCCUUUGAAGAAAAAGUCACAGACAAGGCGGCAUUUCUGGGUCUGGAGCUGGACAACGACCAAGCCAACACUGGACAGUGGGUGUUGCUGGUCGUGAGCUUUGUUCUGUUCCUGGUGGCCCUGGUGCUGGCCUGCAGGCUGUACUCCCGGGAAAAACAGUCACUGACACAAAACACCAGUGCACCGGACUCUGAGGACACCAGUGCACCCCAAACAGUGCCCAAGGCCUAUUUCUUGGGCGUAGCCAUGGAUCCCCGCCAGGUCACCAGAAGACAGUGGAUCCUGCUGUGUGUCUGCCUCAUCAUGGUGCUGUGCUCAAUUGCCCUGGUCAUUCGGAUGUUCACACAGCACAACAGGAAGCCUCCAUGGAUGAGAGCUCAAUGGUGGAGCUGGGCCUAGACUCAAGUGUGACGCCAGCCUGCCCCUCCACACACAGGGGCAGCCAGGACACCUCUGCCCCCCCUGGAGGCCACACUUGAAGCCCUCUCAUCCCCCAGCCAGAGGCUCCCCAAGAGGCCAAAGAAGCCCCCACCAGGCAUUGUGGCUCAGCAUGGCAAAAGCACACCAGCCCAGGACUCCAAGCCUCUCAUCUGGACUCCAGCAAAAACCUCACUGAGCCUCCUUGUCAACCCCCCCCCCCAUCAUUGUAAGAAAUUUUUACUGGACUAUUUCCUUUAUGCCUCACUGCAUAAGAACUUGGUUGUCCAUCAAUUAAAUGUAGAAGUUCAA